UCGCACUGGUGCACGACGAAGACUUCAUUUCCCAGAGCUCCCCGGGAGGGCCUCGCCCCCUCCACCUGGACCGCGAGUAACUGGAGAAUUGUGCACCGGAAGCAGCUCUCGGACUGGUGGAACCCGGCGCAGGUGAGGCUCUCCGGUGGGCGCAGCGCAGCAAACUCGGGACCCCAGAGGCUGCUGGUUGGUCGAGGCCGUAAGAGUGCGUCUGGCAUCGGAGGUCUCCGUGGGCUUGGGGUGCAGCCACCAUGGGUGAGCCCCAGGGAUCCAUGAGGAUCCUAGUGACAGGGGGCUCUGGACUGGUGGGCAGAGCCAUCCAGAAGGUGGUCGCAGACGGGGCCGGCUUACCUGGAGAGGAAUGGGUGUUUGUCUCCUCCAAAGAUGCAGAUCUGACGGAUGCAGCACAAACCAAGGCUCUGUUCCAGAAGGUCCAGCCCACCCAUGUCAUCCAUCUUGCUGCGAUGGUAGGCGGCCUUUUCCGGAAUAUCAAAUACAACUUGGAUUUCUGGAGGAAGAACGUGCACAUCAAUGACAACGUCCUGCAUUCAGCCUUCGAGGUGGGCACCCGCAAAGUGGUCUCCUGCCUGUCCACCUGCAUCUUCCCUGACAAGACCACCUAUCCUAUUGAUGAGACAAUGAUCCACAACGGCCCGCCCCACAGCAGCAAUUUCGGGUACUCGUAUGCCAAGAGGAUGAUUGACGUGCAGAACAGGGCCUACUUCCAGCAGCAUGGCUGCACCUUCACUGCUGUCAUCCCCACCAAUGUCUUCGGGCCGCACGACAACUUCAACAUCGAAGAUGGUCACGUGCUGCCUGGACUCAUCCAUAAGGUGCACCUGGCCAAGAGUAAUGGUUCAGCCUUGACUGUGUGGGGUACAGGGAAACCACGGAGGCAGUUCAUCUACUCACUGGACCUAGCCCGGCUCUUCAUCUGGGUCCUUCGGGAGUACAGUGAAGUGGAACCCAUCAUCCUCUCAGUGGGCGAGGAAGAUGAAGUGUCCAUCAAGGAGGCAGCCGAGGCAGUAGUGGAGGCCAUGGACUUCCGUGGGGAAGUCACUUUUGAUUCAACAAAGUCAGAUGGGCAGUACAAGAAGACAGCCAGCAACGGCAAGCUUCGGGGCUACUUGCCUGACUUCCGUUUCACACCCUUCAAACAAGCUGUGAAGGAGACCUGUGCCUGGUUCACCGACAACUAUGAGCAGGCCCGGAAGUGAAGCACAGGGCAAUCGGGUGCCCAGCUGGCAAUGCCCAGUCGGUGGUCACCACUCUCAGACCUUGCCGAGAACUGAGGAUAGUAUCCAGCAACCUAAGCCACAUGCUGGCCUCUCUGCCAGGGGCCUCCAUGCAGCUGUCCAGGAGGGUCCAUGUUUGUCCAUCCUCGGGGAAAGGCCAGACCAACAUCUUGCUCGUCUGCUUCUGCCCCAACCUCGGUGCAUCCAUGCUGGUCCUGAUGUCCCUUGUCUAAGAAACCAAUAAAAUGGAUUUUCAUAA